AUGGCUCCGGGCCCUGAUGACAGCGCGCGUGAUGCAUUGCUUGAUGCAAAGCAAGUCUGUCGAUGCGAGUGGUGUACCAUCCACCAGCUUCAUCAGGGUCUUGCGGAAGCUGGACUCGCAAAUACCCCUGAGCCACCCCCUGCUCACACAAUUGAACAGGGCAAAGUUGCAGAGCUACGACAAGAACUCGCAGGCACCGGAAAGAAGGACAAGAAUCAUACGGCAAAGAAAAAUGCCCUCAAGAAAAUCGUGGCCAAUAUGACGAUGAGCAACAACGACAUGAUUGCCUUGUUUCCAGAUAUCAUUGCUUGCAUGCAAAUUCCGAUUUUGGAAAUCAAGAAAAUGUAG